GGAAAGUAUAAUACGCGAGCCGUUGGUUUCUCCAAUCUUGGGCGCGGCGGAGGAAUAAAUCCAAGAUCUCCUCUACGCCUUCCUCUCUCUCUCCUUUCGAUUCGUGUUCCUCUCUAGGGUUUUCUCUUCGUUCGCCCCAAAUUUCUAUAGCCGAGAGUGAUGGGGUGGGGAUCGCGGGAUGUGGCUGCGUUCAAGUGCUUGUUCUUGCUCGCUCUCAUGUUCGGGAUCAUGUCCUGCAUCACCUAUUGGAUCAUCCACAUGAAGCACGUCGCUCCCCUCGGCCUCGACGCGCCUUCGGAUCGCUUCUCGGAGGCGAGGGUCGUCGAGCACAUCCGGCAGCUCACGGUCGAGAUUGAUGGGCGCCAGGAGGGUCAUCCGGGAUUGGAAGAGGCAGCGAAGUAUAUAAGGAAGGAGUUGGAGACUAUAGCGUCACGGGCAGGACCCGAUUACAGAAUAGAGGUUGAGGAGUCACUUGUCAAUGGUACUUUCAAUAUGUUAUUUUUACGGCAUAGCAUAUCUCUUGGUUACAGGAAUCAUAAAAAUGUAGUUAUGAGGAUUUCGUCAAAAUUGUCAAAUGAUCGUGAUCCAUCUAUUUUGGUAAAUGGACAUUUUGAUAGCCCACUUGGCUCUCCUGGUGCAGGUGACUGUGGUUCUUGUGUUGCAUCAAUGCUUGAGUUAGCACGAUUAAUUGUUGACUCUGGCUGGAUUCCACCUCAACCUAUUAUCUUUCUUUUCAAUGGUGCAGAAGAACUCUUUCUUUUGGGUUCUCAUGGUUUUGUCAAGACACAUAAAUGGAGCAACACAGUUGGGGCUUUUAUCAACAUUGAAGCAUCUGGAACUGGUGGUUUUGAUUUGGUUUGUCAAUCUGGACCUGGAUCCUGGCCUGCCCAUGUCUAUGCUCAAUCAGCAAAAUAUCCAAUGGCAAAUAGUGUAGCACAGGAUAUGUUUGGCAUUAUCCCUGGUGAUACAGAUUACAGAAUAUUUGCUGAAGAUUAUGGCAACAUUCCAGGACUGGAUAUUAUCUUUGUUCUGGGGGGUUACUUUUAUCAUACCUCUUACGACACCGUGGAAAGGCUAUUACCUGGAAGCAUCCAAGCACGUGGCGAGAAUUUGUUCAGGUUGACUAAGGCAUUUGCAAAUUCUUCUUUGCUGCUAAAUGCUGGUGAAAGAUCUCUAAAAGUUGCACCUCACGGAACCAUGGAGGACCGUGCUGUUUUCUUUGAUUACCUAUCUUGGUUCAUGAUAUAUUACUCAAGGAAUUUGUCCGUGGGACUUCAUAGUUUGCCUCUGGUUGUAUUCCUCCUCAUGUCAUUGUUUCUGCAUUUUCCAAAUUGUGCUGUUAACCUCUGGAUUGCAACAUUAUGUGAUUUUCUAAAAGGGACAUUGUUUCAUGCUGUUAGUCUUGUUUCUGCCAUUGUUCUUCCAGUUGUAUUUGCUGUGUUGAGAUUAUUUUUCUCGAGCCAGGCGAUGAAUUGGUUUGCUCACCCUUUUUUGGCGUUCUUGAUGUUUGUACCAUGCUCACUGGUUGGUCUGUUGCUUCCAAGAACUGUAUGGGGAUUCUUUCCGCUUUCACAAGAUGCGUCACAUCUCAAUGUAUCAAAUGUGGUUCUAUCUGAUAAUGCAUGCUUUUGGGGAGCUUUUGGACUAUAUACUUUUAUAACUAUGGUUUAUCUGCUAGCUCAGCUUGGUGGUGGUUUCUUGACAUGUAUGAUAUCAUUGUCUAUGCUGCUUGCUUGGUUCGCUUAUUGCAUUAUGAGAAAGCGUUGUGGCCGUCAAUCAAUCAAGUCAUUAGCAGGAUAUGUAGUCCCUAUGAUCCCCUGCGUUCUAUACAGUGUUUACUACAGUGGGUUUCUUGUCCAAUUUUUGAUUGAGAAGAUGGGUAUGAUGGGCUCUCUUCCACAGCCUUAUGGCUAUUUUGUGCAGGAUGCUGUAGUUGCAGCUACAAUUGGACUGGUGACUGGGUGGUGCAUGGGUCCACUAAUGCCCGUAGUUGGUCAUUGGUUGGCCAGGUCAUCCAUUUUGCAAUGCUUCAUGCAAGUGACUAUUAUCGCUCUGGCUCUAUCAUCACAGUUCUUUCCAUACAGUUUGGAUGCACCAAAGAGGGUUGUGCUUCAACACACAUUUAAUACUGCCGGUGCUGACAAGGUUGUGGAUUCAAGAUAUGAUUUUUCUGUAGUUGAUUCCAAUUCACUGGCUUUUCUCUUCAAGCAUUCACCUGAAGCUUCAAAAAUGUUAGACAUCAAUUCAGAGUUCUCCUUUAACAGCAAUUAUCAUUCUGAUGGGAGCACUUGGAUAGCACUAUUCCCAGUGUCGUUCUUGUUCUCUGGAAGUUUGAAAUUUCCUGCAGAUGGUGAUAGCAUCUUAAAGCAUUAUGCAUCCUUCCCACACUUAACUGUUCGUAACACAAAAUCAAUUUCUGAGGCUGGUCACCGCAGAGUACACUUGGAACUUCAUUUAGGCUCCUUGGGUGAGAUCUGGGCUUCAGUCCUGAAUAUUACUGGUCCGCUGUCGAAUUGGUCUUUUGCAGAUUAUAGGCUUCCAGCUCCGGAGAAAAUCAGUGGUGGCCCACCAUCAUAUAUAUGUAGACUUAGUGGAAGUAGCAAUGAGAGUUGGACUUUCUGGCUAGAGGCCAACAGUUCGGAGGCUUUGAGGAUGGAUGUUGCUGUGUUAGAUCAGUAUCUCGUUGAUGAUACCAAAAAGUUGAAGAGCUUCUUCCCCAGCUGGGCAGAUGUAACUGCUUUCUCAACCUUUUUUUCGAGCUAUAACUUAUGAAAACGAUCCUAUUUGUAACCUUAAUUGUUCUUAGUUGUUAGAAAUUCAUUUUGUAUACCCCUACAAGGUGAAAAAGAAAAAAGAUGAUAUAGCAUCUGUCAUUUCUUCAUAAUUUGUCAAUCAAAAAUGUUUCAUUCUCAUAAACAUUACAAGAGGAUACCUUAGAUGUAUCAAGGUUUGAGGAUUUGAGUUUU